AUGGCAACGACCGUCAGCACAAAGCUGUCAAAUUAUUUCACAAAGAAAAAAGAGAAAAGGCAAAAACUUCAUUUUGCAAUUUGUAUAAUAGAUUCCUGCGAUUUUUUCCAAGAAAAUUUCCAGCGCAUAUUCAUAUGUAAAUUUGUGCAAUUUACAAGCAACAUAAUAUAAUUAAUAUUAAUUAGAAGCAAUACCCGCAAACAAGGCAAAUAAAAUGCCAAAACGAGGUGGACGUGGAAAUAUGAACGGGCCUGGUGGCUCACGUUUCGUGGCAUUCAAUGACUUGGACGACCGCGAUGAUCGCGAACGUGACCGUGACCGUGAGCGUGAACGUGAACGUGAUAACCCGCCCAAGGGCCGCAAUACGCGUCGUGUUAGCUUCAAGCCAUCCCUCCUGCAAUCAUCUGGUAUCAUUAGAAGGCGAAUGGCUGAGAUAGCCAUACGCUCACAUUUGGAGGAUGAUGAAGACAUGGGAGAUAUGCCAGGCACGUCAAAGCCAGAGCAUGCACGCCGAAAGGGCUCCCCUAUACCCAGAAAGAAAUUUGGAAAUCUUAUGCAUUUAUCUAAAUCACCUUUUGGCUGGUAUCAAAUUACGAUAAACAAUGGCCAGCGCUAUGCCAAGGAGGAGCUCGUCAGUGUGCUGCAACAUGUUAUCGCUCCCGAGCACCUCAUGCCGCUCUACUGGCGCUCCGAGAAGAACUACGUAACUUUCUUUGUAGAUGACCACAGGGUCGCCGAGCGCUUGGAUGGCCUCGAACGCGCUGUUCAGAUGCCCGACGGCUUUCGACCGUAUUUGCGCGUACGUGCCGCCUGUCCGUCGACGCCAGUCAACGACCAGCUCAAGGCACGCAUGCAAGUGGUGAUGGCAAAACGUUAUAAUGCACAUACCAAGGCGCUGGACAUGUCCAGCUUCCACACCGAUCCCGAUUUCAAAGGCAUUUUUUGCGGCGUAUUCCGCACCCCCGUAAUGGCUGCAGCCAUCGAAAUAAUGGAGAAAAAUAUACCAGAUUUGGUUGCGCUCAAUCUGAACAACAACAACAUUUCGUCCAUGGAGGCAUUCAAGAAUGCUCACGUACGCCUACCGAAUCUUCGCAUACUCUACUUGGCCGACAAUAGGAUACCCACCGCAACACAUUUGAUUGCUCUACGGCAUGUGCCGUUCGUUGAAUUAGCAUUGAAAAAUAAUGGAUUAUGCAGUCGCUACAAAGAUCACGCGCAAUACGUCAGGGAGAUCCAACGUAAAUUUCCGAAAUUGAAGAAAUUGGAUGGAGAAGAGCUGACACCGAUGAUACAGUUCGAUGUGGGCGAAGAGGCUCCUGUCAUGCCGCAGGCCAAGGCUUCAUUCCUGUGCGAUCCGAAUGGCACCGAUAUUAUACGUCAGUUUUUGGAACAGUACUUCUUGAUAUUCGAUUCGGACAACCGGCAGCCAUUGCUUGAUGCUUACCAUGAUCAAGCGAUGCUAUCGCUAAUCGUGCCGCCGGCAAGCCAAGUCGGCCGGCUUGAGAAAUAUUGGCGGUACAAUCGUAGUUUGCUCCGCCAAAACGCCGAUGACAACAUAAGAUUGCGUUUGCUGCGAUACGGUCGCCUAGCCGUUGUAUCGAUGCUGGCCGAACUGCCGAAGACCAAACAUUAUCCACGUUCAUUCACCGUCGAUUUGACAUUAUUCACGCCGAAAAUGAUCGUUUUCACUGUGGCCGGUUUAUUCAAAGACAUUGAUGAAGACUCUGAGGAGUUGCGCUACUUCCAGCGACAGUAUAUAAUUGUACCGGCUGGCAGCGGCUUUUGUAUUCGCAACGAAAUGGUGCUGAUAACAGUAGCAACACAGCCACAGAUACGUUUCUUCAAGAAGUCCAUCGAGCCGGCAACCACUACACCCAUGGGCAAUGAGGCCACAGUACACAGUCCUGGAUUGUCGAGUAGCCUACAAAGCCGUUUGCAAGUCAAUCAGCCCAGCACAUCGGCUGUCGCUGCUGCCACAUUGCAACCGCCGCAGAUGGGCGUUGACGAGGCAACAAAAAUACAGAUGGUUCAAACGCUAAGCGCUCAAAGCAACAUGAACAUUGAGUGGAGCAAGAAAUGUCUAGAGGAGACCAAUUGGGAUUACAAUCAUGCUGCAUUUGUGUUUGACAAACUUCACAAAGAAAAUAAGAUACCGCCAGAGGCCUUCGUUAAAUAGACAUUCGUUUAGGAAUAUUAUGAGGAGUUCAAUUUCUUCGCUUUUGUAUCUUGCAUGAUGGAUAAUACAUAUUUAUAAUUUAAAUUUUGUAAACUCAAUUUUUUUUUCUAUCAUUAAAUUCUGGUGCUGUACGAAACUGAAAAUAUGAAAGAAGUCGCUGUUAAUUUUGAAAAGAUAGAAACAUUUUUAAUUCAAUGAAUGAAGGACACAAGUUCCUGGUGUUCUUUUCGAGUCGAGAUCAUGAAUGUUUGCCUAUGUUAAUAUUUUACUUACCCAAAUGAAAGGAAUUUUAUUUGAUGUGUAUUAAAGCAAUUCCUAAGUUUAAUUU